AUGAGCGGCUUCGGCGACGAUGACGACGAUGACGACCCGUUCGCACUCUUUAGCGGCGGGAACGGAGGUGAUGGCACUCUUGCGGACGACCACCUCCCUGUGGGUGGUGACGGUAUAGACGGAACCUUUGGCAUGGAUGUCGACAACUUCUUUGAGACGAAUGUGCCCACAAUCGACCCCGCAACCCUCUGGGGCGACGUCCUCGACUUUGAUGGCGAAGGUGCAGGCGUGGAGGGGGCCAGCGGCAGCCUCGAGGACGCGGUGGACCCCAGCGAAAACGCCAAUGAGGAGCACGGCAACGGCGAGGACGGAGACGGCAAUGACGGAGGCGGGGAAGAGGAAGGCGAGAACCAUGGCGACAGCGCCGCGCCACAAGCACAGUUCGACCCUCCACCAAUACCACCUCCCGAGAUCGGCGCGGACGAUGCGAAAGAAGCAGACAGUGAUGACGAGGACGACGCUGCCGACAGCAGUAGCGUUGGAAAUGACGACGAUGUUACCCCUGAGCCUGAGGCAGACAGCAGCGACGGUGACGAGCAGAUUAUCGACGAUGUGUUUGGCAACAGCGAGGACAUCCAAGAUAUACCACCUGCCACGGUAGAGAAAGGCGACGACGGCACGGGGGACCUUGCAAACGAGGACUCACCUCUACCAGUAGUCGCCUCGGAUAUAGCUCCACGCCAGGUCGAAUUAUCCGAUGGUCCCGGUGACGUCUUUCCUAGCACGGAGGGUGCCUACGACAACUCGCACGCCAAGGACGGCAAAUACGCAGACGAUCGGCAACAUCCCAUCCUCACGUCCGACCAGUUCGCAAACCACAUAGAUGACAGCAUGCUGGAUCGUCGCCGCAACCUCGACGACGACGACGACGACGAGUACCAAAAUGAAAAUGACGAAGACGAAGACGAAGACGAUGUUGACGAACAGGACUGCUCCAUGGGCGAGGUCAACAACGACCAUGCUAACGACAACGGUACCGGUGAGCAUGCCAUAGAUGCCGGCCUGAUUAUGCCCGGCAAUGGGAGCCGCCUCGAAGUCGUCGUCGAACCCUUACCAGAAUCCCGCCAUGCAGAGUACGAGGUCUGCGCGCCGAGCGACUAUGUCUAUCGGGUCAUUGCACGCGUGCGCGGACGAAGCCGUUACGAAAUCGAGUAUGACGAUGGUAGGCGCUUCGAGUUUUACGAAAAAGAAAUUUACGACCUUCCUAACGGUAGCAAAGCAUUACACAAGUUCAAGCGGAAAGAACUCGAGGACGUAGAUGAGCUCUCGUCUGCAGGGAGCGGUUUCAAACGGCGCCGUCUUAUGUCGGACUUGAACGACAUGAGCUUCAACGCCAGCCGUGGCGUCAGCCUCGGCAGUCAUUGUGACUUUGCUAUCGAUGACGACGAGGAUGACGAUAUGAUAGACCUGGAUAUGGAGGAGGACAGCAUCGAGUCUCACAAUUUUCUCAACAUGCAGCGCCGCCGUCUACGUCUUCUCGGCGACACUGGUCGGACCGGCAUUAGGUAUAGCUCGCGCCUUGUCACCGCAGCCAAUGAUGACCACAGCGACGAGGCAGGCGAUGGCCGGCGUCUACGUACUCGGGCGUUCAACUCCGAGACGCGUACACCCAUGCAGGACGACGAGGCAGACGAGCUUGGUGGUGAAGACGAUGCCGACUUCAUCCCCACUAUCCAGUCCGAUCUUCAGCCCCCUCGCAAGCGCGGUCGUGGCCGGCGACGCCAAAUCAUCCCAGAUAGAGACAAGAUCCGCUCCACCCGUGACGGAUCGAUCGAAUUUGAGAGCGCCCGCCGGUCGUCUCGUACCACAAGAAACAAGCGGAGCAUGGUUGACCCUACCAACUAUGAUGACGAGUCGUUCCUCGUCGACGAUGACCGUGUCCCCGCACAACCCAAGAUCAUCAACGUCAAGGAGGUCUUUGUUCCCCUGGACGGGCACUCCGCGUUCAAGGACGCGCACAUGCAGAUCUGCAACUCGUGUGGCAGCCCGUCCAACACGCCCAACAAGGGCAUCAUGAUCUACUGCCAGGGCUGCUCUCUCGCUUUCCACAAGCAGUGUAUUGGCCUCCGCCGAACGCGUGACCACGCUGUUACCAAGGUGGCUCCAGACAGCUUCGUUCUUCAAUGCCGCUUCUGUAUCGGUCAGGCCAAAGUCAAGGACGCCAACAGCCCCCGCCAUGAUACGUGUCAGGUGUGCUCCAAGACGGGCCCUGCUUGCGCGCCCUUUUCCCAGAAACUAUCCGCCAAGCAGGAAGAGAAGCUCCGUCUCGAGAAUGAUGGCGUGGAUCCUAUCACACCUGUGGCACAAAAUCUCGUCAACAAUGCCGAAAACGUACUCUUCCGCUGCACAGAGUGCCGCCGAGGUUUCCACUACGAGCACUUGCCGCCCCCUUCAGCCAGCUGGACGGACGCUGACGAUGCCAACAUUCGCAAGGAGCGGCUGGAAGAGUAUCUCAUUGACGGGAAAUGUCGCGAGUGUCUGGACAUGACAAACAAGAUUGAGGGAUUGAUUGCCUGGCGUCCGAUCCAGCGCGACGGCGAUCAGACCGGCCUGGACUACAACAACGUCAAGGAGGACGACAAGGAGUACUUAAUCAAGUGGGAGAGCAAGUCACACGACCACUGCGAGUGGCGGCCGGGCGCCUGGGUCUGGGGUGCUUGCCACAGCCGCAUGCGCCAGACGUUCGGCCGGAAGAACGGCGAGGCUGGCGUGCCGCCCAUCUUCGAGGCCAAGGACGCCAUCCCCGAGGAAUAUCUGCUUGCCGAUAUCAUCCUCAUGGUGCGCUACAACCGCAACGGCCCGUCGACCUCCAAAGAGGAUGGCCUCGCCCGCAUUGGCGACGUGGAACAGAUCCUGGUCAAGUUCCAGGGUCUUGGCUACGAUGCCGCCGUGUGGGACGAGCCGCCACCGCCUGACUCUGGCCGCCGCUGGACGACGUUUGUCUCGGCCUACGACGAGUACCUGAACGGCAAACAUUUCAAGAACGACUCCCAGUACGCGAUGCGCCAAAGAGUUAAGGACUUUACCGCCAGCAAGAAGUUUGAAGUCAUCUCCCAGCAGCCCGCCGUCCUACGCCGUGGCAAAUUGAUGCCGUACCAAAUGGAGGGUCUCAACUGGCUGCUCCUCAACUACUACAAGGGCAAGAGCGUCGUCCUCGCCGACGAGAUGGGCCUCGGCAAGACUGUGCAGGUCAUCGCCCUGCUUGCCACGCUGAUUCUCGAGACGCCGCGCUGCUGGCCGUUCCUCGUUGUUGUGCCCAACUCGACAUGUGGCAAUUGGCGUCGCGAGAUCAAGAAUUGGGCGCCCGACCUACGCGUCGUCAGCUACCACGGCGGCCGCGUCUCGCAGUCGAUGGCCUACAAAUAUGAGCUGUUUCCAGAUGGCACACAGACCAUGCACGCCCACGUCGUCAUCAUGUCCUAUGAUUCGGCGCAGGACGACAACACCCGCCGCCUCUUCCACAAAACGCACUGGGCGGGCCUCAUCGUGGACGAGGGCCAGCGCCUCAAAAACGACCAAAACUUGCUCUAUCUGGCCCUGAGGGCGAUGCGCAUUGGCUUCCGGCUGUUGUUGACUGGCACGCCGCUCCAGAACAACAAGCGGGAGCUGUUUAACCUGCUCCAGUUCAUCGACAGCGCCAACAAUGCGACGGAGCUCGACAAGAUGUAUGGCACGAUCACUGCUGAGAAUCUUCCGGAGCUUCACAAGCUCAUUCGCCCGUACUUUUUACGCCGCACCAAAGCAGAAGUCCUCAAGUUUCUACCCCCCAUGGCCCAAAUCAUUGUUCCCGUGUCCAUGACCGUCGUGCAGGAGAAGCUUUGCAAGUCCAUCAUGGCCAAAAACCCGGAAUUGAUCCGCUCCAUCUUCUCCAAGGGCCAGGUCAAGGCAACAGAGCGCGGCAGUCUCAACAACAUUCUUAUGCAGCUGCGCAAGUGUUUGUGCCACCCCUUUGUAUACAGCCAGGCCAUUGAAGACAAGAACGUUGACAUAGAGCAAAUGCACCGCAACCUCAUCGAGGCGUCGGCCAAACUGCUGCUUCUCAAGAUCAUGCUGCCCAAGCUAAAAGAGCGCGGCCACCGUGUGCUCAUUUUCAGUCAGUUCCUCAACCAGCUUGACAUUAUUGAAGACUUUUUGCACAUAUCGGGCCUUUCAUAUAUGCGCCUCGACGGCACCUUGUCGAGUUUGGACAAGCAGAAGCGCAUCGACGCGUUCAACGCCCCCAAUUCGGAGCUAUUUGCCUUCUUGCUGUCGACCCGUGCAGGUGGUGUGGGCAUUAACCUCGCCACGGCCGACACUGUCAUCGUGCUCGAUCCGGACUUCAACCCGCACCAGGACAUGCAAGCCUUCUCGCGUGCCCACCGUAUUGGCCAGAAAAAGAAGGUGCUCUGUUUCCAAUUUAUGACCAAGGACAGCGUCGAAGAGAAAAUCAUGCAGAUAGGACGCAGCAAGAUGGCCCUGGACCACGCCCUGAUCGAGACUAUGGACGCGGAGGACGACGCCGGCAACGACCUCGAGUCCAUCCUGCGCCACGGUGCUGAGGCUCUGUUUAGCGAAGAGGCCACGCAGAAUCGCAUUAUCUACGACGAUGCGUCCGUCGAUAAGCUGCUUGACCGCUCGCAGGUCGAAAAUACACGGACCGACGACGAGCAAACGGCCGAGUCCCAGUUCUCGUUUGCACGAGUCUGGGCCAACGAGACCGGCACCCUCGCUGACGACAUUGAGCUGACUACCUCGACCGGUACUGCGGGUGAGGCAACCAAUGCAGCCGCACUAAGUGUUUGGGACAAGAUCAUCAGCGAACGCGAGGCCGAAGCAGCACGGCUGGCUGAGAUGCAGCGUGAAGUGCUCGGCCGCGGCGGCCGCCGGCGCAACAAGAUCAAGUAUACGCAGCCACACUACAACGAAGAUGGCGACGAGGUCGCGCUACGAAACGACCAUGGCGAUAAGUCCGAGGACGACCGCGACGGCGAAUUUUCGGGCAACGAUAAUGCGUCCUCGAGCGACGAUGAGGACGGCAGCGGCGCUGGCAGCAGCCGCCGCCGCAGCCGUGGCCAGUCUAUGGCAGCCAACCUAACAGCCACAGAGGCUGCGGCUGAAAUUCAAGGUACGCGAAAAAAGAAUGCAAGAAGUACAAAGAGUGCAUCGCCGAAGGUGGUCGCAACGCCCAAGAAACAAAUCCCCAAGAAACACGCCCCCAAGAACACCACCCCCAAUAGAGCAUCCCCGCAAAAAGCCAUCACAGCCAAGACCAAGAAGCCAGCAACCAAAGUGGCAGGCAUCCCUCCACCCUCACAGAAGAUGAAGACGACCCCGUCGACCAAGGCACAGCCGGCGAAGAAGAUGGAAAGAGGGACGACAGGGAGCCAGGCGACGCCUACUGGCGACAAAACAGGCCGCAAGAAGGCAACGCAGGCGCAGCUGGUGGCGACCACCGGUAAAUUAGGGCCAAAGCUGGACCCCAAGGAUGCGCAUAAGGACACUGUAAAGAGCGCCACGGCGAAGGUUCCUAGGCCGAAGUCGCCGCCUUCUGGAGAGCCAGCUGCAAAGCGGCCGCACACAUCAGACCCAGCAUCGUCGCAACAUACCACCUCAAGCAAGGUCAAUGACACUGCCACCGUCAAUUCCACCGCUAACACAGAGACACAGAAACUGCAGAAGGCAGAUCCGACUGGCGUUCAAUGGUCACAGGCCACCAUGGGCCCCAUGGGGGCCACGAUCACCGGCCCGGCCCCGUUCCAAGUCCAUACCCAGCAGCAAGCCACCGGAAAUCAAUGGAACGGCUACCCCGGCGGUGCCCAAUCCACACCAUAUACCAACGGCAGUUUUACAGCAACAACAGGCCAUCCUCCCGUCUCCGGCAGCGCAUUUACCCCAGGCAGCUACUCUACCCUCCCUCCCAACCUUGCCAACGGUGCCGCCCCAGCACCCGCGAAUCCUGACCACCCCGCCCUUGUGCCAGGAUUCUUUCACAACAAGAAGCUGCAAGACCAGCAACUCCUUCAACUCCUUCAACUCCAGCAAAUCCAACACCUUCAAGUGCAGCAACAACACCCUGUCCGGCAAGGACUUGGACAGCAGCAGCAGCAGCAGCAGCAGCAACUGCAACAGCAACGACAGCAGCUGCAACAGCAGCAGCAAGCUAUAAAUUCCCCCGCAAUCUCCAACGCCAAUGGCUCUGCACCACUCCCUGCCACCGGGACCUCCCAGCAGCAGAAGCAAUAUGCAGCCAGUGCCGAUACCAGUGCCGCCGACAAGACUAUAGCACACGGCCCCGACGAUCUCAACAUACCAUACCACGUUCGAAAUCGGGACUCUCUGAAAUUCAACAGUAAAAAAAAGUGGUGGAGGGACAAGGAAGAUCAAAUCCGAAAGCAGCUGGAGGCUCUCGACAAGCAGGGACCGCAUCUCGCUGCCACGGCGGCCUACGGCGCAACCAUUACUCCCUCCGACUGGGCAAAGACACCAUCUCAAAACAAGCUACUUCAUCUGUACAAAAAGCGAAAAAACAAACUUUCACAAGUGGCUGUGCUCGAAGAAGUCCACCGACAGCAGCAGCGCAGUCUCCUUUUAAAGAAAGAGAAACAUGCGGUGGCGCUGCUCGAAUUUAUUGAGCGAAACAACGGAAGCACGACCGGCGCGCCGACCCUGAAGGAAGUCGACACGGAGGACAUGCGCCGAGAACGCUACGCUCAACAAAACAAGAUUCCCCGAUCCAUCCUUGCCUUGCAAAAUAUCGAUCGCAAAAUUGUGCAGCACUUGAUAAAUGGCGGCCCAUCCGUUGCGUACGAUGCGCUGCCAGAAUGGCUGCGAACCGACCUCCAAAGUAUCCCGACGAUCGAAUCGGGGCGUCCGCCAGAGUCCCUGGAAGCUUAUCUCACCGAGAUCUACGAAAAAAAUCCGAGCGCGGAAACAGCCGUAGCGGCCUUGUUCACCCCCAGCCGACGAGUGCCAAGACGCCAUGAGGUCUCUGUAUCUACAUCGAAACCACCCAACGCGGCGUCAAUACAAACGUUUGCUCCUGUCGUUCCACCUGUUUCUUCUGUUCCGUCUGUUCCGUCUGUUGCGUCUGCUCCACCUGUUCCAGCACCUGCUCCAGCGCCUGCACGAGUUCCAGUACCAGCACCAGCACCAUCCCCGAUCCCAUCCGGGGCACCAUCAUUGCCGCCACCGCCGGCGACACGACCUCCGACAAAAUCUCAUUCUGCGACACCACCUCUAGCACCGACAUCUACAGCGCUACCCAAAAAAGCCUCCACGCGUAGCCCAGCAGGCACACCUGGGCCCUCCUCUGAAACCAAAACGACCAAGAAGCUCAAGAAGCCGGCCGCCGAGACUGCACAGCCGCAAGUGCCGGCCAUGGCCCGGCACAUGGUCGUUCAGUUGUCCAUGGCGCCCAUUGCACGCUGCCGUCGGUGCAAUGCGCCUCAUCCAGCCAGCGGCGGAUGUGCCAACCUUGAAUGCGAGGCGGGGAUCCGAUUGGCGCUCGACGCCCUGCGCAGCAGCGAUGCCAAUCCCAAACAGAAGCAAGCGAUGCGUAAAAACCUUAUAGCCAAGCUAGGCGAAAUAUCAAGUUGCAAGAAGCAGUGA